UACUCCGAGCUGUGCCCGUGCUUGCUGGUAAUGGUUGGGGACUGUUACUCUACAAUAGCAAAAUCUUGAAAAUCCGUUUCAUUUCUUCAAGGCCCCUUCUCUCUCUAUCUCUCUCAGUGGCGCCAUGGACGAGCAAGGAGGCAGCACCAGAAGCGGCCAGAAAAAUGGCAACGGCAACAAUAUUAUCGAGGAGUUCUUGGACACGAGCAAAGCGGAGAGAGCAAUGUGGCUCAUGAAAUGCCCUCCCCUCGUCUCUCGCUCUCUCCAGUUUCCUCCCGAUGCGUCCGACCCUGCUCGCCCCGUUGCCAAAGUCGUCCUCUCCAUCGACCCACUCCGCUCCAAUGAUGACUCCUCUCCUCAGUUCACCAUGGAAUUGGCUGGCACUGAAGCUGGACAUAUACCCAAGUGUUACUCUAUGGAUAUGUCUAAAGACUUCAUUCCAAUGUCUGUGUUUUCUGAGUCAUCACAAGGGAAGUGUUCUGUGGAGGGAAAAAUAUUGAACAAGUUUGACAUGAAGCCCCAUAACCAGGAUAUUGAGAACUAUGGGAAACUCUGCCGUGAAAGAACAAAUAAAUAUAUGACUAAGAGUAGACAGAUACAGGUGAUUGACAAUGAUAAUGGGGCUCAUAUGAGGCCUAUGCCAGGGAUGAUGAUUAGUGUGGCUUCUGGACCGAGUGAUAAGAAGAAAAUGCCAGCUAAGGGCUCAGACGUGAAAAGAACAAGAAGGGAUCGCGGUGAAAUGGAAGAAAUUAUGUUCAAGCUGUUUGAAAGGCAACCAAAUUGGACUUUAAGACAGCUUAUUCAGGAGACAGACCAACCGGAACAAUUUAUGAAAGACAUACUCAAAGACCUGUGUGUCUACAAUAACAAGGGAGCUAACCAAGGAUCUUAUGAGCUGAAGCCGGAAUACAGGAGAACAAAUGAGGAUCCAACUCCCAAAUAGGUCACAGAUUAUAGGUUUACUCCAUAUGGAGAAUUUUGGUACUGAAUUAUAUAAGUUUAUAACCAGCACUACCUUUUUUUCCUUUCUUUCAGACGACAAUGCCUUUAAUUUUAGAGAGAAUUAUAAUGUUUUCGUCAA